AUGACAUUAGAUAGAUUUGACUAUUGUUUUAAAGCCCAGUUUGGUCUAAAAGCUGCUCAUGUGCAUCGGAGCACAUUUCUUCAGCAUGAUAAUCCUUUUAUUACAAAACCUAUUGAGGAAGAGGUGAAAUCAUGUGAAGGACCUUUAUCAGUACAGGAAUGUCUGUCUUCUCUUAAACAUAAGAAGAACUCUAAAUCACCUGGUAUAGAUGGAUUCACUGUUGAGUUUUAUAAAUUUUUCUGGAAUGAUAUUAAAUUUCCACUAGUAAGAUGUUUAAAUGAGGCUUUAGAGUAUGGAAAGUUCUCUAUCACUCAAAGACAGGGACUCAUUACCUGUAUACCAAAGGAGGGCUUUGGUGUUUUUGCUGGACUACUGGCCACUGGCUUCAGUGCAAUCAGGAAACAUAUUCACAAAGAUAAGAAUGUAUUUGAUACAGCUUUUGAUGCUGGAGGAAAAGUCAGUUCAGGACUAACAGCUACAACCAUAGUAUCACAAUGGACCUGGGCUGCCACUUUACUACAAUCUGCCACUGUUGCCAGCAAGUAUGGUAUUAGCGGCCCCUUUUGGUACGCAGCUGGUGCUACAAUCCAAAUUCUACUGUUUUCAAUUAUUUCUGCUCAACUGAAAAUACGAGCACCAGGUGCAAAGACAUUUUUGCAAGUGAUCCGAGCCCGAUUUGACAGGAAAACACAUAUAACAUUCUGUGUAUUUGGACUAUUAACCAAUUUAAUUGUGACUGCUAUGUUGAUGUUGGGAGGAGCAGCUGUGUUAACAAGUCUUGUCAAAGGACUAAAUGUAGAAUUUGCCACAGUGCUAGUCGUUGCAGUGAUAGGAACCUAUACAUUUAUUGGGGGACUAGGAGCUACGUUUUAUGUCUCGUAUUUUAAUACAGCAUUGAUAUACAUCAUAAUGUUGAUAAUUAUGCAGAAAGUCUACAAUGAUCCGGAUAGCAGCAGUAAUCCAUUAGGAAGCAAGGACAUUAUAUAUCAGUUGGUUGGCUGUAGUGUAGGACCAGCGGAAAACCUUGACAACAGUUAUCUCACAAUUAUGUCGAAACAGGGGCUCAUGUUCGGUCUCAUCAAUAUUGUAGGAAAUUUUGGGACAGUAUUUGUCGACCAAUCAUACUGGCAAAGUUCAGUGGCUGCAAAACCUAAGGAAGGUGUGUUCGGUUUCCUCCUUGGUGGUAUCUGCUGGUUUGCCAUACCUUUUGCGUUUGCAUCCACUACUGGUCUAGGAUAUAUUGCUUUAAGUGCUCAGCAAGACUCUCCACUUUUAGAUGCCGCCAGCGUAGAUGCAGGUUUAAUUCCACCAUUGAUUGCACAGAAGUUAUUAGGAAGACCUGGAGAAUUCCUUAUAUGUGUAAUGUUACUGAUGGCUGUUACAUCAACUGGGUCUGCCGAGGUUAUGGCUGUUACAUCUAUAUUGGUAUAUGAUGUUUAUCAAGUUUACUUAAAGCCAUUUAGAAUGGUAUUAGAUUCUAACACCUGUAUUCUAUGUGGAAAGGCGAGAGGUCGUUUGGCAGUUCUUCGUGAUAAAUGCAAAUGUGAAAGCAUGACUAAUUGCAUUGCUUGCAAAACCGAUGAUAAAGAGAUAAGCAUGUGCAAAAGAACAAUAAAACCACAGUAUAUGUGUAAAACACAUGGUAAUUUUAGAAUAUAUGUAGACUACCUGUUAAGACUGAAAAACUGGUGCCUAAUGUGGACGGUCUUGUGUAUUAUACCUCUAACAGUACUUCUCAAAAUUUUGACGGUCAGUCUCUCCUGGUUGUACCUGUUCAUGGGUAUUUUGAUUGGAUCGGCUGUUAUACCUAUUAUUUUGUGUAUGUUUUGGGAGAAACUUACGGGGCCUGGUAUGAUAGCUGGGGGAUUAAGUGGUACAGCGGCAGCUUUGAUAGCAUGGUUAUCGGUCGCAUCGUUAUAUAGCGGUGGACUAUCUGACUUUAUAAAUAACACAGGAAAGGAGCUACCGAUGUUGAUUGGAAAUAUAACAUCUAUUUGUGUUGGUGGUCUAGUGUGUGUUCUUGUAAGCUGUUUUCAAUCGCAUAAGAAAGGAUCAGGAAUGUACAAUGAAACGUGGGAACUGACGAGAGAUAUUGACAGUCCAUUGAGUCCAUGGACCGAGCUAUACGCUACGGACCUUGGUUUGAAAGAGGCGACUUCAUUAGAUUGUCGGCCAGAUCUAGAACAUAUCAAAAAGACUUUUCGAAUGUCAAGUGUAAUAGCAAUAGUAGGCGGUUUGGGCUGUCUAUUAUUACUGAUUGUAGUAUGGCCUACAACAAUGAUAGCCUCUGGAGUAUUAAAUAAUACAGAAUUCAAUAUAUGGGUGACAGUUGGACAAGUUUGGGCAUAUUUAGCUGCUUUAUUCAUCAUCGUUGUUCCACUCAUCACUGAAGGACUAGACAUCGCAAAAACAUAUAAUGAAAAUACUAAAGUGCACAGUGAAAUUUCUGUGGCCAAACGUCGAACGACAAUGAACAUUAAAAACUGUGUCAGUGAAACAUCAAAAUCAAAAGGAAAAUACAAAGAAAAGAGUACUCUUGCUGAAAAUGAUAUAAAUGUAGCUGCGGAUAAAAUAAUUGACAGUGAUGAACUUAAUACUGUUAAUUUGAUAUGACUUUAGGAAAGCAUAAUUAAUGUUCAGAAAAACAGCCAAUUUCUGUAGUAGCCACAUAAUUUCAAAAGUGUACAAAUUAUUGACGAUGAAUUCGAAAUGACGAACCGUAUAUACAUUGUUUUUGUUAAAAGGAUAAAUAAAUAUACUGAUAUGUAAAACAAUUUUAGAAAAAUCACAUACGGUCAUCAAAUAAAGCACAUGUGAUCACAUUUAAAAAAAAUUAAGUACCUGUAAGUGGUUGGAAGGCCAUUAUACUUCAAUAGAAAAGUUUGAAAUGUGUGUCAACAGGCCACGCGUGUUCGCAGUCUCCAAUCUUUCUUUACAUACGAUUACAGUCGACUGAUCACUACAUUUACAAAAGUUUCCUCUACCAGUUUUUGUGUGAAUUGUUUACUGGACGCACUCGUAUAGGGAAUGAUGAAAUCAUUGUGGGGGAGGGGCUGUAAUCCUUUCGAGGCACCCUUUCUAGUAUUUCAUUUUGUGACUUCAUUAGAUUCCAACAAGGUUUUUUUCUUCAUAAUAGAAUUGUUAGUUUUGAACAAAUGUGGCCUCCAACUUAUAUUACGAAUGGCCAUUCCGAAUGAUUCAACAGUUUCGAUGACGUAAAUGAUAAGGAGGAACUGAGCAAUGGUAUCUCAGAACUUAGAGAUGUCAAUAUCAUAAUGAAAAAUCAUAAAAAGAAGAUAUGUCGACUUAGAAGUUAGAAAUGUAAUUUGGAAGUGAGAAAUGUCCUAUUGUAAUAUUUUAUAUGAUGAGAAAUAAAUAGAAUAUAAUGUUCUAACUAGUCUUUCGUAGAACGAGAUUUUUUACCCUAUUUAUGAAUAUUUAUGUACUUUAAUUAACAUUACAAAAGUGAUUAUAGUUUAUAAAUAAUUGGUAGAUUACAAAUUAUCAUUUUAACUGACUCGUUGUUGUUUAAGAUAAAAUAAAGAUAAUAAGGACUUAAAUAAAACUGUAUCAAAACAUCCACAUUAGAUGACUCAGAUAUAACAGUUGCACCAAUCAAAAUUAUAUAACAGUACACAAACACUGACAAUAUGCUUCAAUGAGUUCAUAUUCACUGCUCUGUUUUUCACUUAUUUAUUUUGAAAUCUAUUAUUACAUUGAUGCAUAAAUGUCAACUUCAAACUGAUAAAUGUCAAGUCGUAAGUGAGAAAUGUCAUUUGAAAGAACGAAAUUUCUAAACAGAAAUCAUAUAUAAAACAUAGAAUUCAUAACCAGUCUUGUUUCGUAAUUUGAUGGUAUUAGUCAAAAUAUAUACAUAUAUGGGUAAAUUACAAAUUUGUUGUAAUAAUAGAAAGAUUAUUAUAUUAAUGAAUUGCUACACGAAAACACGACCCCGUUAGAUUAGUGUGAUAUCAUAAUUAUACAAAACUAAAUUGAAUGCAAGUACAAAACAAUGUUGCAGUAGUUUGUCCUUUCUUGUGCACCGACAAUGUAGUACAAUAUAUUCAUAUUUAUUUUAACUAUGUAUUAAAUGUCUAUUUUGAACUGUAAAUCAAUUGUUGAUUUAAAUGAUGCCUAAAUGUCAACUCGGAUGUGAGAAAUGUCAACUUUGAAGUGAGAAAUGUCAAGUUAGU